CAUACAUUCGUUGUUGGUUGCCUGUGUGCAGUCGCUCGAUUCUGUCGUCGGCAUUAAUACGUAAGGGACAAUUUCUUUCUUUUAAAACUUCCUAUAGGCGAGUUUUUGUGUGAAAAGCGAUAAUGCCACUGUCAGCGCAUACGAAAAUAGCAAUCGGAUGGUAGGGGAAUUGCUGUGUCGUUUGGUUUAUAUUCUUUCUACCUAUCCAGAGAAUACGUACUGAGCCAUCGCUAUGAUGCAAUGAAAGCACGUCAACGAAUAGCCAACGCACCAUUUGAUCCAAGCAAGACAAAGCGAAGCAUUCAGGACUCAUCGAUUGAUUCCAUAGACGCAUAGUCUAAGUUACUGUUAUUUAUAAAUAAAAAAAAGUAUAUAAGUGUUAAACAUGGCUGGUCAACCUGUCAUCGACGAGGAUAAAAUGAAGCUGGUGCAAGAGCUGGAGAUAGAGAUGAUGAGCGACAUGUACAAUCGCAUGACACAGGCUUGUCACAAGAAGUGCAUAGCACCCAAGUACGCGGAAAACGAAUUGGGCAAAGGCGAGGCUGUAUGCAUCGACAGAUGCGUGGCCAAGUAUCUGGACGUUCACGAACGAGUUGGCAAGAAGCUCACACAGAUCUCCAUGCAGGAGGAGAAUUUUAUGAAAGGACAACCUAAACCAGGAUAAUAAAUUUUGUGUAGAAUUGUGUGCACAAAUUUCUCAUAGAACAAUUUUCAUGCUAGUAUGGUGUACCGCAAGUUUUAUAUUUUUCACCUUGAUAAUUGUACAAAUUGUUUGCAUUUAAAAAUUAAUUGAAAUUUCCCAUGUAUAAAAUAUAAAAAUUGAGGUACACGUUGUUUACA